AUGGCUCAAAAGAUUGAGCCGCGCCAAAUUGCAGCCAUACUGCUCUCUUGGCUCGACCUUGAGCUAAUUUCAUGCACCACGCUUCAAGGCCUCUGGGCAGGCUACGGUCACAUCUGCGCCGUUUCUGCUCGACCAACUGCUGAAGGCGCGACCCCACGGUGGCAGCGCUUCUCCAAAGACCAGGGAAAUGGCCAGGGCAGCCUAAUCCACCUCGUACUGAAGAUAGUUCGCCCUCCAGCUAUUACUGGAGACGAAGGGCAUCUUCGUAAAAUGUUCAGCUACGAGGUUGAGCAGUACUUUUACGAUGAAGUUGCUCCUCGCCUUACCGACACCAUAGCAGUAGCACAGUGCUUUGCUUCGACAAGAAGUAUGAAGGAAAAGGCCCUUGAGCAUGGAAUUGAUCAUUUGACGGUUACUCUCAUGAACGACUUGAGGCUUGAGUUUCCCAUUGCUGGAGAAAAAAGGGCAGUGCUUUCAAGCAAUCAGGUCUAUGCGGCUUUAGCAUGGUUGGCCAAGUUCCAUAGCAGCUCAUGGUCUUAUUUACAUCAAAAUUUGGAUGAGUUUCUUUUACCGCCGCUUGAAGAGGCCUCAAGACGGCGAAAUGACCCCACAUCAGGUGGAAAAGCCCUUUGGUUGAAUGGAGGAUACACAUAUUUAGCCACUCGACGACAGGAAUAUCGAUCGCUUGAGCAGGACAAGUUCUCAGAGUGGUCUGAUGUAUUUCGUACCUCAGUGGAAGGAUCCCUGUCCAUUGCUGAAAAGGUCGCCGACUUUCUGACGCCGCGUGGUAGGCCUUUUGAAACAUACAUUCAUGGGGACGUGAAGUCAGAAAAUCUUUAUUCAACAGAAGCUGGAGAUGAUGUGGUAUUCUUUGACUUCCAAUAUGCGGGCAUCGGAUUGGGCGUUUGCGAUUUGGCCAAGCUAUUCACUUGCUCUGUCCCAAUGAGUAUGCUUACAACCGAUGAUCCUAUCCCAGACGACUUGGAUAUGGAUGAACGAGAAAAGAAGUUGCUGAAGCACUAUUGGUCAAUCUUAAUGGAAAAUCGGCCACAUGAAAAAAUACUCAUGUACGAUUGGGACGAAUUUCUUCGACAUUGGGAGACUGCCCUUGUCGACUGGUGUCGAUUUCAAGCGUCGUGGGGAUUCUGGGGGAAUACAGAAUGGCUAGAAUCAAGAGUGAGGUAUAUUACUAAAGAUGAUGGCUGGAGAAACUGGCUUCAGCGCCAAUCUUAA